AUGAUUGAUGUUCUUGAAAUUGUUGAGGAAGAUGGCAAAAGUUUGGACCAAAGAGCUGAAGCAGGUGCUUUGUUGGAUUCUGUUCAAUCUUUCGAAUUUGUUUUUAUCUUACCCUUGAUGAAAAAUAUUUUGGGGAUUACAAGUGAAUUAUCUCAAGCAUUACAAAGAAAAGAUCAAGAUAUUGUGAAUGCUAUGAAAUUGGUGUCAGUAUCAAAGCAAAGGUUGCAAGCCAUGAGAGAUGAUGGUUGGCAUUCUUUACUCAAUGUGGUUUCAUUAUUCUGUGAAAAACACAAUGUUGUCAUUCCAAAUAUGAUUGAUAUCUUUCAAAAACAUGGAAGAUCAAGGCGCAAAAUGGAGAAAGUCUCUAAUUUGCAUCAUUUUCAAGUUGAAUUAUUCUAUCAAGCGAUUGACCAACAUAUUCAAGAGUUGAAUAAUCGUUUUACAGAAGCUAAUACUGAAUUACUUCUUUGUGUAGCUUGCUUGAGUCCAAGAGAUUCAUUUGUUGCAUUUGAUAAGGAAAAGUUGAUUCGUUUGGCUCAAUUCUAUCCUUCGGAAUUUUCUCAUGUGGAACUUUUGGUACUAGAUAGUCAGCUUUAA